GGCGGCGGUGCCUGGGCCCGGCUCCUGCUGCUGCUGCUGCUGCUGCUCCCCCCGGCCCGGCCCGGCCCAGCCCGGCCCGGCCCGGCCCUGCCCCGCGCCGAUGAGCUCGUACUUUGUGAACCCGCUGUACUCCAAGUACAAGGCGGCGGCGGCGGCGGCUGCGGCGGCGGCGGCGGCGGGAGAGGCCAUGGGCGCCCCGUGCUACGACUGCCCCUUCGCGCCCGAGGUGAGCGGGCGCCACGCCGCUGCCGCCGCCGCCGCCGCCGCCCUGCUCUACGGGAACGGCGCGGCCGCCGCCGGCUUCCAGCAGCCGCAGCCCGGGCCCGGCGGAGCGGGCGGCGGGGGCCAGGGCUAUUACCACCCGGCCGGGGGGAGCCCCGCCGCAGCCUACCAGCCGCCGCCUCCGCCCCCCCCCGCGCCGCCUGCUGCUGCCCCCUGCGGCGGGAUCGCCUGUCACGGGGAGCCCGCUAAGUUUUACGGAUACGAUAACUUACAGAGACAGCAGAUUUUUACGACACAGCAAGAGGCCGAGCUGGUCCCAUAUCCUGACUGUAAAUCGUCCAGUGCUAAUAUUGGCGAGGAACCAGACCACUUAAAUCAGAGCUCGUCUCCUGCUCAAAUGUUUCCCUGGAUGAGAGCACAAGCAGCUCCCGGUAGGAGGAGAGGAAGACAGACCUACAGCCGCUUCCAGACUUUAGAGCUGGAAAAGGAAUUCCUUUUUAACCCUUAUCUAACCAGGAAGAGGCGCAUUGAGGUCUCCCACGCACUAGGACUCACCGAGAGGCAGGUAAAGAUCUGGUUUCAGAACAGGAGGAUGAAGUGGAAAAAGGAAAACAACAAGGACAAAUUCCCGGCUUCCAGACAGGAGGGAAAGGAAGAGGAGGCCAAGAAGGAAGCACAUGAUCGGGAAGAGGACAGAGGCGAAGGCCAGAAGAAUUGAGGUUCUGCCUUUCAGGUCGGGAGGGAAAGACUUAACUCAAAGGCCAGCCCGAGCUCGGGCUGCGAGCUCCGGCUCGGCUGCCUCGCCUUCUCCGCUUUCGUGUCUUCGUUUUCGUACCCUACGUGGCACUAUCUCUUCACUAAACAGCUGCUCCGCUCUUCUGUAUGUGGAAAUCCGAUACCAAAUUUGUAGCCAGUUCUUUUUAAUGAGACGUUUCCGAUGUGAUUGAAGUGAAACUUCCCAGUGAUCCGCACCCACACGCGCAGCUUCCGCGAGGCUUUAUUAAUCGAACAAGUGCACUUGUACUAGGCUAAACCUUCUUCCUUUUUCGUUCUUCUCUUACGCUGAAUAAAUUAAAAAAAAUCAAUAAUUUCUUUGCGGGGGGGGUGAUCUUAGGGAAAUAUUUACCUUCUAUUACGGAUAUUUGAUUGAAAUAAACGAAACUUAUUGGCACGCA